AUGUCCUCCUGGUACGACACCCUCACUUCCGCCCCAGUCAUCAUCGCGACCACCCUCGGCCUGUCUCUUGCUGCUGUCGUUGCUACACAGAUCAAAGGCCCCCAGACGCUCGCGCAGGCUCAGACCCAGGUCCAGGAAGUCAAGGCUAGUGUCAACGCUGCUGACGUGAAAGGCAAAGCUGCCCAGGCUGGUGCAUCCGUGAUGUCUGCUCCUUCUGCCGACCUCGCGCCUCCCAAGGACGACCCCAUCACCCUCGCCGACCUCGCCAAGCAUGACGGUUCUGACCCCUCGAAGCCCAUCUAUCUCGCCAUCAAGGGCAAAGUAUUCGACGUGACUGCAAAGAGGGAGAUGUAUGGGCCGGGGCGAGGAUACAACGUGUUUGCGGGCAAGGACGGGUCGAAGGGGCUGGGGAUGUCGUCGCUGGACCCUGGGGACGCUGUGGGGGACUUUUCUGGGCUGAACGAGACGCAGAUGAACACGCUGAACCAGUGGGAGGCGUUCUUCACGAAGCGCUACAACAUCGUCGGGCGGGUGGUGCAGUAG